AUGCACGGGAAUGGGCUGAUGUCGUUGCACGUGGAAGGAGGCAGCCAGGUCCAGGUGCCGCGCUCUUUGAUGCAGGCGUUCCUGCAGCAAGACCCGAACCAUCCGGGGUUGGAGACGGUGCGAUUGCCGACGCCACCGUGCGGCUUCGACGAGAACGGGCCGCCACAGCACUGUCGCGAGGUCGAGACGGAGCUGUGCCUGGUGUGUCGCCGAUGCGGUCGGGCUUAUCCGCAGGAAUCGACGCUGCUUGCUCACCAACGCUCCUGCUAUCUCGGCAAUCAGCAGCGUCGCGGUGCACUGCGCCUCGUUCAAUCUCGUUACGCCUGUUCCAUCUGCGACGGGAACAUACCGACGAGAACGUACACGACCAUCACCGAAUGGCGGCAAUCUGGCGGACAGUGCGGCGAGGAGGUGCACCCGCUCACGGACGAGAUGGAGGACGUGGUGAAUCAAAUCACCCUGCUAGCUGCUCGCGCGGCCGCCGAGAACACCACGGGCCAGCCGCAGGCUAACGAGAGGGCAACGAGCCAGGACAACAAUAACGCUCCCGACGUCAAGAGGCAGAAACUGGUCCAAGAGGUUGCUGCUUUGGCUGGUGCGCGUUAG